GAACAGCAAAUAUUUUUUUUUAUUUUUUAAUACUUUUUACAAUUCAUUCUAUUCGUCUGCUCUACACUCUCUGUCAUUCUCUCUCCUCGACUUUCUACUCUCUCUCUCUUCCCUGCAACUCCGAAUCAGAUCAUAGCUCCCAGUUUUCUUGCACUUUCUCGGUCAGGUACUUGUUCUCAUACAGUCAGAGGCAUAACUUCAACUUCUGUGGCCUGUUCACGCGAAUCCGUGGAGUUUCACUUCUGUUUUCGGUCAUUUCGAUUCUGUAAACCUAGCUGUAAUAUUCUCCUGUCAACUCGUUGAAGCAGCCUGUAGCCUGAGCCAAUUCAGCCGAGAUAAUCAAUAUUUUGCAGCUACAGUGCUUCGGAUUCAGUGCAGUUUCAGAGCGGUGGCUGGAUGAAUCGGACUGGAGCUGUGUAGCUGAGAUGGAUGGUUUUAGUAUUGUAGAUUGGAAUUGUUCGUUCAAAUUGAGUUUUAGGUGGAGAGUAAGCGGCUUAUCGCAGGAAUUGGUCAAUGGAAGCGCUUGGUUUUGAGAAUGGGUGACCAAAAGUUAACUAUUUAGAUUUUGAGGGUUCUAAAGGAAGAAAGCUUGAUGUCGAGGAUGGAUAGGAUGGCUUCAGAUCUUAAUAGGAAUGGUCCGGUGGAAAGGGAUAUCGAGCAGUCCAUUAUUGCUCUAAAGAAGGGAGCUUAUCUGCUAAAGUAUGGAAGAAGGGGAAAACCAAAAUUCUGUCCUUUCCGGCUUUCCAAUGAUGAGUCUGUUCUAAUUUGGUUUUCAGGGAAAGAGGAGAAACUCCUUAAACUAAGCCAUGUUUCUAGAAUAAUAUCUGGGCAACGCACUCCAAUAUUUCAAAGGUAUCCACGGCCAGAGAAGGAAUAUCAGUCAUUUUCUCUAAUAUAUAACGACAGAUCUUUAGAUUUGAUUUGCAAGGAUAAAGAUGAAGCUGAGGUUUGGUUCAAUGGUUUGAAAACAUUAAUUUCCCGUAGCCACCACCGUAAAUGGAGAACAGAAUCUAGGAGUGAUGGAAUGCAGUCUGAAGCAAAUAGUCCUCGAACUUACACCAGAAGAAGCUCGCCUCUUAAUUCACCAUUUGGAAGUAAUGAUAGCUUGCAAAAGGAUGGUGAUUUUCGACUUCAUAGUCCAUAUGAAAGUCCUCCUAAAAAUGGAAUGGAUAAGGCACUAUCGGAUGUGAUACUGUAUGCUGUUCCUCCAAAGGGCUUCUUCCCUUCUGAUUCUGCCAGUAUAUCAGUCAAUUCAUUAUCAUCAGGUAGUUCAGACAUGCAUGGUCCCAUGAAAGCAAUGGCGAUUGAUGCUUUUAGAGUUAGUUUAUCAAGUGCUGUCAGCUCAUCCAGCCAAGGCUCAGGUCACGAUGAUGGUGAUGCCUUGGGGGACGUUUUCAUUUGGGGUGAAGGAACUGGGGAUGGCAUUCUUGGUGGUGGAAGUCAUAGAGUUGGAAGUUCUUUAAGCAUAAAAAUGGAUUCUUUGCUGCCUAAAGCCCUGGAAUCUGCUGUAGUUCUGGACGUACAGAACAUUGCCUGUGGUGGACGCCAUGCUGCCUUAGUGACCAAGCAAGGAGAAAUUUUCACCUGGGGGGAGGAAUCAGGAGGCAGGCUUGGGCAUGGUGUCGAUUCUGAUGUUUUGCAACCAAAGCUUAUAGAUGCCCUUGGUAAUACAAACAUUGAAUUGGUAUCUUGUGGUGAGUAUCACACAUGUGCUGUGACACUUUCUGGUGAUUUGUACACAUGGGGUGAUGGAACUUACAAUUUUGGACUUCUUGGCCAUGGGAAUGAAGUAAGCCACUGGAUACCUAAAAAGAUAAAUGGACCAUUGGAGGGCAUACACGUCUCUUCUAUCUCUUGUGGACCUUGGCACACUGCAGUUGUAACAUCUGCAGGGCAACUUUUUACCUUCGGUGAUGGAACGUUUGGUGUUUUAGGCCAUGGAGAUCGCAACAGUGUCUCAAUGCCUAGAGAAGUGGAAUCCCUCAAGGGUCUACGCACUGUGCGGGCUGCUUGUGGUGUUUGGCAUACUGCUGCAGUAGUUGAAGUUAUGGUUGGAAGCUCAAGUUCCAGCAACUGCUCUUCAGGGAAGCUAUUCACAUGGGGAGAUGGGGAUAAGGGUCGACUAGGGCACGGUGACAAAGAGACUAAACUUGUGCCUACUUGUGUCGCAGCUCUUGUUGAACCUAAUUUUUGUCGAGUUUCUUGUGGUCACAGCCUGACAGUCGCCCUUACAACAUCUGGCCAUGUUUACACGAUGGGAAGUCCUGUUUAUGGCCAGUUAGGAAAUCCUCAUGCUGAUGGGAAGGUUCCAGUUCGAAUUGAAGGAAAGAUUUCCAAAAGUUUUGUGGAAGAAAUAGCUUGUGGUGCUUAUCAUGUUGCUGUUUUAACUUCAAAAACUGAAGUCUACACUUGGGGCAAGGGUGCAAAUGGUCGUUUGGGUCAUGGUGAUACAGAUGAUAGAAAUUCACCAACGUUAGUAGAAGCUUUGAAAGACAAGCAAGUCAAAAGCAUUGCAUGUGGUACAAAUUUUACUGCAGCUAUCUGCCUUCAUAAAUGGGUUUCUGGUGUUGAUCAGUCUAUGUGUUCAGGAUGCCACUUACCAUUUAACUUCAAAAGGAAGAGGCAUAACUGUUAUAACUGUGGACUUGUUUUCUGUCAUUCAUGCAGCAGUAAGAAAUGUCACAAGGCUUCUAUGGCCCCAAAUCCUAACAAACCUUAUCGUGUAUGUGAUAACUGUUAUAACAAACUACGGAAGGCGCUUGAAACUGAUGCUUCUUCUCAGUCUUCAGUGAGCCGAAGAAGAAGCAUCAAUCAAGGGUCGACUGAAUUUGUUGAGAAAGAUGAGAAACCGGAAUCUGUCAAGUCUCGUGCUCAACUUGCUCGGUUUUCUUCCAUGGAAUCUGUGAAGCAAGUUGAAAACCAAUCUUACAAGAAAAACAAAAAAUUUGAUUGUAAUAGUAGCAGGGUGUCACCCGUUCCAAAUGGAGGAUCCCAGUGGGGAGCUAUUUCUAAAUCAUUUAAUCCAGUGUUUGGGUCAUCCAAAAAGUUCUUUUCAGCUUCAGUUCCUGGUUCUAGAAUUGUCUCCAGAGCAACAUCCCCAAUAUCAAGGCGAGCAAGUCCACCUCGUUCAACAACACCUACCCCAACUCUUGGAGGUCUUACCUCACCAAAGAUUGCAGUAGAUGAUGCUAAAAGGACAAACGAUAGUCUUAGACAGGAGGUUGUUAAGUUAAAAGCUCAGGUUGAAAAUCUUACGCGCAAAGCCCAACUUCAAGAAGUUGAGUUGGAAAGAACGACCAAACAGUUGAAGGAAGCACUAUCAUUUGCUGCAGGAGAAGCGACAAAGUGCAAUGCAGCAAAGGAAGUAAUCAAGUCGCUCACUGCCCAAUUGAAGGAAAUGGCAGAAAGACUUCCAGUUGGAGCAGCUCGAAAUGUCAAAUCACCUUCUCUUGCCUCCUUGGGCUCCAGUCCUCCCUUUAAUGAAGUGGUGGCUCCAUCGAUUGACCGAUCUAAUGGUCAAACAAUGCCUCUAGAAGCCGAGAUUAUAGAAUCAAACAGCCACUUGCUAUCUAAUGGGUCCAGCACUGCAAGUAACCGUAGUUCAGGCCAUAACAGACAAGGCAAUUCCGAUUCAGCAGCUAGAAAUGGUAACAAGGUUAAAGAAAGUGAUUCUCGUCAUGAUGCUGAAUGGGUCGAGCAAGAUGAACCCGGUGUAUAUAUCACGUUUACCUCUCUUCAGGGCGGUGCCAAAGAUCUCAAGCGAGUGCGUUUCAGUCGGAAACGGUUUACCGAGAAGCAAGCAGAACAGUGGUGGGCAGAGAACCGAGCAAGAGUAUAUGAUCAAUAUAAUGUGCGUAUGAUCGAUAAGUCCAGUGUGGGCAUCGGUAGUGAGGACUUGGGUCACUGACAUGUCGAAAUGGGUCAGUCAAAUCCAACUGAUUGUAAAUGAACAGGAUGUUUACAGGCUCACACCUUAUACUACUGGUAAGUGAUAAUAUGAUCAAUUUGUUUGGUUUUAUCCAUCCCUAGGAUAGAAAAGAAAAGGCAAUAUCUGGUAUUGAGUUAGAGGGAUAACUAGAGGGGUUUGUGUUUUUAAUUGUUCCCCUGUUUUUUACCUUCAUUUUCUUGUUUGUUUCUCUGCCCUAUUUUCUCUUUUUGGGGGUCCCUCAAUUUUUCUCCCAUAUAUGUGUUCUAUGUGGGGGAUUGAGUGUGAGAAAUGUAAAUUUUUAGUAACUUUGCUGGCUGUUGUUCAUAUCAGCUGCAAUGUAAAUCCGAUAAGCGAAUGCAUCUGCAUAUUUUUGUACUCA